AAUUUUUCUUCGCCCUCGUUGUUCAUAAAAAACCUUCAAAAUUAUUCUCGAAAUGGACAUGACUUCAACAGCGGAAGCUGCCGCCCGCAGCUGGUAUGACAAUCCGCGUUUGGGCAGCUCUCCGCAAGCGAAUGGCCUGGGCGGCGCCGGCGCCGGCUUGGGACAUCACGCCCUCACAGCCGCUGGCAGCACAGCGAUGGGUGGUGGCGCUGGCCUAGGCGGCGGCGGCGGCGGUGGUGGUGGUGGCGGUCUCGGCGGCCUGGACACCACCGAUAUGAGCGCCUUCUACGCGCUGGAAAGCAACGGCCACCACAGACGCUACUAUCCGAGCUAUCAUCAGCACACAUCCCGUAUGCCAUCGUCCCAUACAUCACCGCAAGUGUGUCGGCCGCACUUUCAUCCGCCUCUCGGUUCGUGGCUUACCAGCGAGCAUAAAUCAUUCGCACCCGCCAGCCCAUGGGGCAGUCCGUUUGCAUGCCCCCAAGAUCCGCAAGUGGACCAUAAGGUCGGCCAAAUUGGCCAAAGCCAUCAGACGACGGCGGGCCAACAUUCAUUUCCAUUCCCACCGACACCGCCAAAGGAUUCCACACCCGAUUCAGUACAAACCGGUCCAUCGGAGUAUCAGGCCGUUGUGAACGCAUUCAUGCACCAAGCGCAAUCCACCGGCACUACCUCAAUAGCGGACACGAGUUGUGCGCUGGACAUAAAACCCGCCAUACAGAACGGCCUCGGCAGCCUGACGCACAACGGCAGCCAACAAUCCUCGGCGGCGCCAAAGCAACGUGAAGGUACCAACAACAAUAAUAAUAAUACAAAUAACAACAACAAUAAUACAGCGAGUAGUUCGCACAACAACAACGGCAGCAGCAAUAACAACAGUAACGCGAACAAUAAUAAUAACAACAACUCCGCGUCCUCAGCGAAUAACAGCAGUCACAAUGUACACGCACACUCCUCCAGCGCCAAUACCAUCUCCGCCCUGAACGGCUCCAGCCUAUUCGAUGGCACCGCGCAAGCGCACUACGCCAACAGUUUAGGCAAUAGCAGCAGCAGUAGUGGCCUCGGUGUGGGUCUCGGCGGUAAUGGACUCACAGCGAACUCGUCGCUUGGCAGCACCGGCAGCAGCGCGAGUGCUAUGGGUGGCUAUGAUGGCACUUAUGCCUCAUAUGCGGCGCAUCAUCAUUUGGCCAACACCUCAGCGGCGGUGGCACAUCAUCAGGCGGCCGCUGCAGCUGCGGCGGGUAUGUUUCAAAGUUCCUCAAUGGCAGCGGCGGCUGCAGCGCGGCACAGCAUGUCGGGCGGUCAUCACACGCAUCAUCAUAUGAUGGGUGGUGGCGCGUCAGCGGGUGUGUCGUCCGGUCUGGGGCAGAGUCAUGGUGGUAUUGGUGGUGGUGGUGCUAGUGGUAUGAGUGGCGGGGGUGGCAGUAGCGGCGGCGGCAGCCUUGGUUUAGGCGGCCUGAGCGGUGGCAGUUUGGGCGGCAAUAUGUCGUCUAGUCACGGUCAUGGGCAUGGGCAUGGUCAUAGCCAUCAUACGCACGGCCACACGCAUAGCCAUAGUCAGGAUGUGAAGCCGGCGCGUACGAAACCGAGAACCAGUGCGGAGGGUCGCGAAUGCGUCAACUGCGGUGCCACAUCAACGCCAUUAUGGCGACGCGACGGCACCGGCCACUAUUUGUGCAAUGCCUGUGGUCUCUACUAUAAAAUGAAUGGACAAAAUCGACCACUUAUCAAACCAAAGCGAAGACUGACACUACAGUCGUUACAAAGCGCCGCGAAGCGAGCGGGGACAUCAUGCGCGAAUUGCAAAACCACAACGACAACACUUUGGCGGCGGAACGCCAGCGGCGAACCCGUGUGUAAUGCCUGCGGACUCUACUACAAGUUGCAUAAUGUGAAUCGCCCACUUACGAUGAAAAAGGAAGGCAUUCAAACGCGUAAUCGCAAAUUGUCGUCGAAAUCGAAAAAGAAGAAGGGCUUGGGUGGUCCCUGUCUACCCAUUGGCAGUCACUUGGGUAUGGGCGAUUUCAAACCACUGGAUCCGUCGAAAGGUUUCGGUGGCGGUUUCCCAGCUUCGAUGGCGCAACAUGGCCAUCUUUCCAGUGGUUUACAUCCCGCACAUGCGCAUAUGCACGGCGGCUGGUAUACUGGCGGCAUGGGCGCUUUGGGUGCUUCUGGUGGCUUGCAGAGCGGCUUCUCGACGGCCGGUUCACUGGGUGGCGGUGUGGUGCCACACUCGCAGCCUUACCAUCUUGGUUUGGGUUCGAUGGGCACCUGGCGUACGGAUUAUACGUGAUGGAGCGGGAACAAUUUGAAUAAUAAUUUAUUCAAUUGAAAGUAAACAAGGCAAAAACGGUAAUGCAAAUCAUACACUGCACGCAACCAACGCUUUUAACGGUAAACCGCACAACAACAACAACAUGCGCAAAUACAAACACAAAAUAUACCAGUGAACCAAAAAAGUCUUUAAGUAAAAUAAAUUAGCUGUACAACAACAACCACACGCGACUAAGAGCAGCCAAAAGGAACGUAAAAGCCGUAACCGAGCGCCUACGCCUACAACUUGAGCCAACAGCAAUAAUAUACUAGUUACAACAAACAUAUAAGCUACAACUGACUACAACCACAACUUGCCCAGGAACAACAAACAACACAGGAACUUGAAAAUAUUUGCAAACACAAAUUUUUGCUGGAAAAUUUUGAUUUCUCUCACACACACUAUCCUACACAUGCGCAGCCAUGGUGCAUGGCUUUACUGCAAGGCGUUUUGGUUUUGGUUGAUAAUACCGGGAUUAUCCUGUCGCCGCCAACAUUAAUGAGUGCAACUGAAGUGGUUGCUCAAGUGGUGUGCAACAUCAUUAGUGACCAACACCGAAACCUCAAAGCAACCACACAAAGGAUCAACACCAAAUCGGGAUGCCGAAUUCCGAGUUUCGUCUGCAACCAAGACUUACUCAAUUGUGCGUGAGAUUGCCUACAACAAAAGCAAAAAACCGUUGAAUAUUGCGAAAACACAAUUUGGACUUGAUCACUUCUCAGCCAUGCGAUCUUCGGUCACGCUGCACUUGUUGCCAUGAGCCAAGCCCGGUUAAUUGCGCUUCGUCUGCUUGGGCUCGUACUUUACCUUCUCGAGUGUUUUGCAUUCAACGAACCAUUUCACGAACGGCUAAGCCGCUGAUCGGUCUGAGCUACUGUUUAAACCGCAGCGUUGUGUGGCUUAGCCAAAGGAUUAACUCAAGUGCGGAAUUGUGUUGUUGGUGUGUACACGAUUGUUUGAGGCGUGGCUGUGUGUGUAUGUGUCAUUGUUAUGUGAAGAAUAUGAGGUGAACAGACAAGUGCUUGGCGCCAGUUUAUUUAGCAUAAUGUUAGAGUUUAUUAUUUGGCGUUUUGCUUACUUGGAAUCAGAUGCGCUUUGGAGUGUUUGUAAAUGCAGUUUUGAAGAAAAGAACCAUGAAUGCAUAUAGUAUAUAGUGCAUGUUGUUGCUAACUGAGAGAAGUCCUGCUGAGAACCUAUUGUAAUUUAUUUAUGCGAAGAAAUAUUUAUAUAUAUAUAUUUUUAUAGUUAUAAAAGUGUGCAG